AUGACCCAGCACCACGGUGACAUGGCCAAAUGGUGCCACGGUGCCAUGGUGCCACAGCGACGCGAUGAUACGGUGCCGUGGUGCCGUGAUGACGCACGGCUGCUGCCCGGGAACGCGUGCUCGUGCGAGGCGGAGCCGGGGCUGCCGCUGCCGCUGUUUGGGCAGAGCCACAGCGUGGAUUUCGGCAGCGCCUUCAGCCCCGAGGAGCUGCCCCAUGUGCAGCGGCUGCGGGAGCACGAGUACCGGCGGCACCGCCUGCGACGCGGUGCGCAGGGCUGGUUCGCGGGGCGGAACCUGGCCAUCUCGCAGGUGAGCACCAAGUACGUGCUGUGGGUGGACGACGACUUCAUCUUCACGGCGCGCACGCGGCUGGAGAAGCUGGUGGACGUCCUGGAGCGCACCAGCCUGGACCUGGUGGGCGGCGCGGUGCGGGAGAUCACGGGUUACACCACGACGUACCGGCAGCGGCUGAGCGUGCGGGCGGGGGGCGCGGGGGGGGACUGCCUGUGGACGCGCCCCGGGUUCCACCACCACCUCUCGGGGUUCCCCGGCUGCGUCGUCACCGACGGCGUCGUCAACUUCUUCCUGGCGCGCACCGACAAAGUGCGGCAGGUCGGCUUCGACCCCCGGCUGCGGCGCGUCGCCCACCUCGGUGAGUGGGGGGCGGGGGGG